GGGAAAGGGAAACUGGAACUGGAACUGGAUCGGAUUCCUCUUUCCCAUCCAUGAACGCUCAGUUUCUUUUUAACCAACAAACUUCCCGUCGUAUCUCAUAUGGGAAAGUUCUUCUGACCUGCCUCACUUCUUCUCUACCUUUGUUCGAGAACACCCUUAGAACUCUUCAAAAUCCUCCCCCGCUAACCCUUCAUCCCAUUUCCUCUUUCCCAUCGCUAUAUAGACCCUAGAAGUGUUUUAGCUAAGCCCAAUCCAGCUUGAGCUUACCUUCGCGCGCAUACACAACGCACACACCUACAUAUGCUUUUGACGAAGACCGCAACCAUCCCACCUUCACUCGUGUCGCCGCGUCUAUCGAACUCGUCCCAAUAUUAGCUACCUCCCGCUAAAGCCUUAACUACCUUCAGAGCAUGCUUCGUUAAGCACGAAUCCUAUUCAACCACACAGCCAACUACACCUUGAAAGAUCUGUUCCAUUGUCGUUUACCCUAGUACAGCGGUGUGGGCUUCAUUAUUUCAUAAGAAUUGAUCAGCGUAUGAACGACAUUUGGAUUCAGCAACAGUUUAGGCAGUUCAAAUAGAAAUUGAUCAUUCAUCCCUCGUCUUCCGCGCCUACCCACCCACACACAUACACAUCAAAGACAAAAUGCACGCUCGAGACGCCACCGGCCGCCAGGUCUCGCUUCUAAACGACGAUCCAUACGCCAGUCACCAGUCAUACCACACAGCUCCCCACUAUCAAUCCGCCGGUGACCAAUCGCCGCCGCCCCACACUCCAGAGCUUCUUCGUUCAGAUUCAUACGACUCUAACGCUAGCUACGACGCUUUCUCGCCAUUGACGCCCGGUCUAUACGACUACACGUCGCGACAACUGUACGAUGAUUAUCCCCCCGAUCAGCAGGUUGGCAUGAAGCGCCCUGUUUACGUCGCAACCAGCCGUUCCAACUCAUACGAGGAUGAUAGCUCGGCUAGCUCGGCGGCACCUGAGAAGGCUGGGAAGCGAUAUCCCUGCAGAUAUCGCGAUAGUCAUGGUUGUGAAAAGACUUUUACGACUUCAGGACACGCUUCUCGUCACUCUAAAAUUCACACUGCUGAGAAGGCGGUCCAAUGCACGUAUCCUGGAUGCCAUAAAAAGUUCACUCGCGCAGACAACAUGAAACAGCACCUCGAAACCCACUUCAAGGACAAGUCAAGAUCCUCUACUUCUUCUAAAUCCAAGAGCUCAUCGCUGUCUUCGUCGUCCAAGAGAGGCUCGGUAUCCUCCAAAUCAUCAUCUCAUGGCAACGGGUCUUCUCACGAAGUCCAAAUGUGGGAUUCUGAACAGUAUGGAUCUGACGCUCAACCAGCACUUGCAUCCCCCGGUGGCGCCUGGGAUAUGCGCGGCCUUAAUAUCCCUCUGAUGAGCCGACCAAGCGCGGCGAGAACCAGUAGCGGAUUAGACGCCCUUGCAGCAAUUGCAUGCCAGGAAGGUGCCUAGGAUCGUCUUCACUACCUACAAGCUCUCCUAUUUCUUCUGACGUCGGCACGGAACCGAGCGGUACCCGAUUGAGUAAUGACGGGGUAAUGAGAGGGUCACGGUUCUCCCUGUAUGCCACAGGGAUAGAUACGAACGGGAUUUGUUUUAAACAUGGCGUUUGGGUAUACUCGGGAUCAUACUCACGGACCAUAUUAUCGAUACCAGGGUGGCAAGCAUACGAUGGCGCACCUCAUUAUUUAUUUUACUUUUUUUUUUUUUUUUUUUUUUUU